UCUACUGGUAUUCUUCUUAUGGUAUUAACUUCAUAUUUUUGAACAUUUUUGUUUCUCAUUCUAAUACUUAACCAACCCUUAACUCGCGUCUCUCAAUCGCUGAUCUGUGGUCAAAUCUCGAGUGAGAAGAGGGUAAGGUUCAAGAUUUUAGAGAUUAAUAUAAAAGUGAUUGUAAUUUUAUUAUACAAUCGAUCGAAAGGUAGGGUAGGAAUGAGACAGGAGGAAGAUAACAAGGCGAUGCUACAGGCCAUAAUUCAACGUUGCGGCGAAGGCGAUCGUCGUCCUCAUCUAUGAGCGUAUCGAGAGGUCAAAAUGACAAUAACCGGUUCCUUUCUCUCUAAUCACAAUUAUUCUUAUUAAUUUUUGCUUAGUUGUCCUCAUCUCAUCGGCAGCGGGUGAGAGUCGAGAAAGGGAUAGGGGACGGCACCUGGUCCUCGAUUCGGAUUGCUUGUUAGCCGCUCAUUUGACGCAGAUUUGGUUACUAAUUCUUUAUUAUUUCAUAUUUUAUGUUUAAGGUGGGGUUUGUCUUAUCUGCUUCACCUGUUCGAGCUAGAGAGAUGUUCCUCUUUAUGCGGAUCAGCUCUGGAGUCUUCCUGUUUCUUAGCAUCAGCUGUUGAUGCUGUUGCUUGGCUUCACAGAUGAAAGAACUGUGAGAUACCUGUCAGUUAUGUCCAAUUGAACUCUCUCUCUUCCCACCAUCUGAUUUAACGUGAGAAGAACUUUUGCCAAGAGAGUGUUAGUUCUUACUUUGAUGAUGGAGUCUCAUCGUGAUCCACUCGGUAAAGAGUCAUCGCAGGAUUCUGGAAGGAAGAUCAUUAUGCACCCUCUUUACCUUCCUAAGUUUUCACCUUGGCUUGACCUGAAGGUCUUUUAUGUGAGGGUGAGCAACUUUGAGGUUGAUGAGUCAACACCAGAGCAUCUCACCCUUAACCACAUUCCACUGACCCCUGACACCAUCCUUGAAGUGAAUGGUCGUAGAAGUAGCAUUUAUUCAGAAUGCGUUUUUUCUUUGCUUAGAAGGGACAGAGUAGACAAGAAAUCGGAAGAAGCUACAUUUGUUAGCACAGAUAAUAUAAAGAUGACUGGAAGUGUGAAAUUUGAGGUUUUUGAUAGAAAUAAUCUAUUGCUUGCCGGAGUUCUGGAGUUGUGCAAUGGUAGCGUCCUGAAAGGAGAAUUAAAAAAUCAUAGCAAGAAAUGGAGCAUGAGAUGCCAAUCUGUGAUGUCGGCUGGUAAUGGCUUUCUGAAGAGCGGGCACUAUGUGAGUCCAGAGAUUCCUUCGCCUGUGCUGGAGGUGUAUGUUGCUGGGUGUUUCUCGGGCAAUCCCAUUAUCCUGACUAAGACUCUACAGCUUGGUUGCCGGAAGAAGCAACAGACAAAAGUGGUGCUAAAUUCAAUCCCUGAGUAUGAGACAGCUGAAGUGGUAAAAGAAAUGCCAUCUAAGGAUGCUUUGCAGGUGUCAAAAUUCAAGGACUUCAAACCAGAGAAUGAUGUCGAUGUGGAUUAUAACAGUAUAUAUUCUAGUGAAGACUUUGCAGAAGGGGAGGAUGGGGAACUCUCAUGGUUCAAUGCUGGUGUCAGGGUUGGAGUGGGUAUCAGUCUUGGCAUUUGCCUUGGCAUUGGAGUAGGUGUCGGUUUGCUACUUCGUACGUAUCAGGCCACUACCCGAAAUUUUAGGAGGCGACUUCUUUGAUCAUGGUCUAAGUGGUACUGCCUUCUCCUUACCCUUCAUAACCAUUGAUUUGGCCUUGUUCUCAUCCGUUGAGCAACUGACUUGGCAGUGCUCCUCUGGUACUUGUCCAAGCUGCGAAUUGUUAUUGUCCAAGCUGUGAGUUGUUAUUGUUAUUGUACCAUGCCUGCUUUCAUAUGUCCUAAUCUGAUAUAGAAAGGCAUGAUAAGUAUUUUCAUUGUGGGCAUGAGGUCUAAUGUAUUAAAUGUGGAUGGCAAAGGUUUAUAUAAAAGAUAAGAAAGAUUUCAAUUUGUGUGAA